UUAGCAUCUUUCUCAAAUGUCAUCAUCUCUAGUCAACUCCAAGUCUUUCUUGUGCUUGGUGGAAGUUUCUUGUAAUAGAUAAUAUCCCAUAAUUUUAGUGUAUAUAAUGUAUAUGAGGUGAUUAUAGGAUUCGGACCAAAACUGCACACAAUACCCAUACAUUUCUCAAAAAUGAAGUUGGGUUUGAUAAUUAGUUCCCUUUUAUAUUUUGUGAUUUUAAUGUUAAUUCAAAAUCAAGGAUGUAACGGAUGCUUAGAGAAAGAGAGAAUAGGGUUGUUGGAGAUCAAGCACUACAUCUUGUCACAAGACGAAGGAUAUUCUUACCAUAGCACAGAAGAGUAUUCUUAUAAUAUCAAAGAAUUGGGUUCAUGGGUUGAUGAUAGAGAUAGCAAUUGUUGUUCUUGGAAAAGAGUCAAGUGCUCUAACACCUCUUCUGGUCACAUAACUGAAUUAUCCCUUUACUUGUUACUAUUUGAGACCCCUGAUUCUAAGAUGUUAAAUGUUUCAUUGUUCCGUCCAUUUGAAGAGCUACGCCUCCUUGACUUGUCCUAUAACUCCUUUCAAGGUUGGAUUGGCAAUGAAGGUUUUCAAGGAAUUAAAAUGGUGGAGACAUUAGACCUUUCAAGGAACCAUCUAAAUAGUAGCAUCUUAUCAAGUUUGAAUAAUGGAUUAACGGCUCUAACAACUUUGAACCUCGGUAAUAACAAAAUAGAUAAUAACUUCUUCGCUCAAGCAAUGCAACUUUAG